GGAGGUCAGAUAAAAAUUAUUCCGGUAUUUACUCCGAUAUUAUAUUCUCCGAUUUGGAUCGGUCUAACGUUUUAAAAUUAUUCGAAUUUUGAUUGGUCAUAUUUUAAAUGCAGGAGCGGUGAAAAAAGAAAAAGAGAUACUGCACUAAUAGGAUAGCAGCAAUAACUUAUUUGAAUAAUGGAAGAUUAUGUAAAAAUUGAAAAGAUUGGUGAAGGUACCUAUGGUGUAGUGUACAAAGGUAGACACAAGAAAACAAACAGAUUGGUGGCACUGAAGAAGAUAAGAUUAGAAAGUGAAGAGGAAGGAAUCCCAUCCACAGCCAUCAGAGAAAUAUCACUACUGAAAGAACUCCAACAUCCUAACAUUGUUGGUUUAGAAGAUGUGUUGAUGCAAGAGAACAAAUUAUAUUUGGUGUUUGAAUUUUUGUCUAUGGACUUGAAAAGAUAUAUGGACACCAUUCCAAGUGGACAGUUUAUGGAUAAAAUGCUAGUCAAAAGUUAUACUUACCAGAUCCUACAGGGAAUACUGUUUUGUCAUCAGAGAAGAGUAUUACAUCGUGACAUGAAACCACAGAAUUUACUUAUAGAUAACAAAGGCAUUAUCAAGUUAGCAGAUUUUGGUUUAGCUAGAGCUUUCGGUAUACCAGUCAGAGUAUAUACACAUGAGGUUGUAACAUUGUGGUACAGAGCACCAGAGAUCUUACUUGGAAGUCAAAGAUACUCUACCCCUGUAGAUGUGUGGAGUAUAGGUUGUAUAUUUGCUGAAAUGGUCACAAAAAGACCUUUAUUUCAUGGUGAUUCAGAAAUUGACCAGCUCUUCAGAAUAUUCAGAACUCUUACAACUCCUACAGAAGAAGUCUGGCCAGGGGUAACCUCAUUACCAGACUACAAACCAACUUUUCCAACAUGGAAAAAUAACUCUUUAGCACAGUCUGUCAAACAACUGGACAAUACAGGAUUAGAUCUAUUACAGACUAUGUUGAUAUAUGAUCCAGCACAAAGAAUAUCUGCCAAGAAAGCAUUGAAUCACACUUACUUUGCUAACUUAGAUAAAUCAGCAUUACCUGCUUCCACUGUCACCACAACAUAAGACAUUUAAAUGCAAUAAGAAAUAUCUAUGGUAUUUUGUCUCGAUUGUGGGCAAUUUUAUGACUUAUCUCGUAUAAUUGUCUGAAUGUCAAGAUAAAGAAGACAAAAUGGCAAUUUAAAGAGAAGAACAUUUUAAAAUGGACAAUUUUGUAUAAAAAUAUAUUUUAUUGUUAUCAAAAUAUAUGUUCAGGGAUAAUGCUAUAAUAUUCUUCCUUCAUCUUUCUAUGACUUAUUUCUUUCUUUGUACAUCCAUACAUGGAGUUGAUAGAGGAGUCUUUCUAACUGUGUAGCAGUUAACAUAAAAUAUAAGUUAAUAUUUUGUUUUAUAAAGUUGAUACAAUUUCUUAUCGGCCUCAAUAUAGAUCAAAACACUUCAUAUGCAUGACAUUUUUUUUUAUUAGAAGUGUGAUUUAUAAGCUCUUGAGUUAAUAGGGAAUAUUUACUUUCAAAGAAUAAUGUACAAAUGUUAUUUGCAUUUUAAAGUACAGAAGCCUAUUUUAGAUUUAAUGAAUUUAUUCCUUUCUAAGAAUUUUUGGCAAAGGUACACAACUUUUUAUAGGACUAAAACCUGCUAGUGCAAACAAGAUGGAAGAAUCAUGCUUCAAUGUAUCUCAGCAAUCUUAUUUGCAUUCUCUUUUCGCCAUAAAAGUGUGAACUUUGGUAAAAAUUAAAGCCCUUAUUAGGAGUUCUUUCUGUUAUGUCAAAAAAUGGAAACCGAAUCAAUAAUUUUGAAAUUAGCUAGUGUAGUACAUGUACAAUAGUCAAUGAAUAGCUGCUUUACACUUUAUAAAUAUAUUUCAGUUACAUUAGGUGUACAUACACAGCUUACUCUGUCUCUAGUUUUAACCAUAUGUCAUUAUGAACAACAAAAAAUAAACCCACCUAUGUGUUCAUUGUAACUUAUUUAUUUGUUGAUAUUGUUUUCUGUUAAAAAUUUUUCCAGUAUAUAAUUUUCACUAAAAUUUAAAUACAAUUUAAAAGUAUACAUUUGUGAAUCACAAGUUUACCUAAAAGUAGUUCUACACCAUCUAUUGUAAACAUUUUUUGAAAGAGUUGUUUAUUGUUUUUAAUGACCAAUACAAUGAUGAUUUUAUUAUUUUCCAUGUUUUUCCUUUAUCUUGUUCCAAAGUGAAAGGGCUGUUCCAUUAUAUAUAUUGUCCUCAAGGAAAGACACUUUGAAAAUAGAUUAAACUUUAACAGUCCACAGGAAUGUUUUUGAAACCACUGGUAUUUGAAAUUGGGAAGUGUCUAUUCUAGAUCCGUGUACAAAUAUAUAUAUAUAUUUAUGGACUAGCCCUUAUAAUCAUAGUGCUGUUAUUGUUUUUGUAAAUUGUUUGAUUUUUUAUACUGUUGUGUAAAAUAAAGAGUCACUGUUUUGUUCAUUUUGACCUCACGCUUGUGAGUCAUUGUUUCAAUUGGAUAUUCACAUGAUCUAUAAAACUAUUUGUAAACUUGGGAACAGUUUUAAUGCAAUUUUGAUAAAUGAACCAUCAUGUAUACCAGUUUAAAACAACAUGUGAAAACUGCUUUUAUAUAUCUGGUCAGUGAUUUUUAUGAAAAGAUGUAACAAUUAAAAUCUGUAUUUGA